CGGACGAAGAAGAACGUUUCACGGCAACAAUGCUAAUGCUAAUUCCGUACGUUACGUACCUCCAUCAUCAUAAGUCUGAGAGAAGUACCAAAGCUUGCUUCUCCUGACAAAAAUGUUGAAGUGGACCUGAUCUUAUAGUUGCAGAAACAUGAAGCUGGCGUAGUUUGCUAUCUUAAAUCGGACGAAGAGAGACUAGUAGGCCACACAGGGGGGCCUACAGAGGGGUCUGUCUGUCAUUUAUUUACAGUCUUACAGUAGAUCGUUAGCUUAAAGCUAGACAGACUACGAUGUCUAAAGUCCAAAUACUGAGAUCUUUUGUGAACCAGAGACUGAGUGCGGCUGCUGAGGAGAUAUUUGAUCUGUUUGAAAGGACGAUAGCAGAGUACGAGGAGGAAAUCUGUCGGUCCAAAGAGAAUCAACACAAACUGCUGGACGCUGUUUAUAACCCUGAAAUCCGCCUCCACAGAGCAGAAGUCCAGCAGCUGUUGUCGGGUGAAGAAGAGGUUCCCCCUGAGCAGCAGGAGAGGAGCUCCAGUCUGAACCAGGAGGACCCACCAGAACCGCCGCACAUUAAAGAGGAACAGGAGGAGCUCUGGACUCAUGAGGAGGGGGAGCAGCUUCGAGGGCCGGAGGGGGCUGAUAUAAUCAAGUUUACGUUCACUCCUGUCCCUGUGAAGAGUGAAGAGAACGAUGAAGAGAAGCCUCAGUCCUCAGAGCGUCAUGGAAAUCACACUGAAGAGAGCAGAGACAGGGAGAAACAAAACUUUAAUCCAGACAGUCUUUCACAGCCAGUUACUCAUGACGACACGUCUCUCUCUGAAUCUGAGACUGACGUCAGUAGCUGUGACUGGGAGGAGACCAGUGACUCUCAGUUAGAUGAAACCCCUCUGCCCAACAACAAAGAUGUACCUGUAAGUGAUCUUGAAUGUGAUGCAGGAAACACACCAUUGAGCUCUGAAUGUGCUACAAGCUUUGAACACGAUGAACAUCUGCAAAAUCGCGCUGGAUUCCAAACAGGAGUGAAACCGUUCAAGUGCCCGAUUUGUGGCAAAAGAUACCCGCAGAAGAUCUCCUUAACAAAGCACAUGAAACGACAUUCAGAAGGAACGUGUUUUAGCUGCUCAGUUUGUAAGAAAAGCUUUCCAUGGAGAGGAGAGCUCGUGCGGCACAUGAGAAUCCACACCGGAGAGAAACCUUUCAGCUGCUCCGCCUGUGGUAUAAGGUUCUCACAAAGGAUACACCUGACCUCCCACUUACGAGUUCACACGGGAGAAAAACCGUUCACCUGCUCAGUUUGUCAGACAAGUUUCAGUAUCAGAAAGAAUUUGGGCAUACACAUGAGAAUCCACACGGGGCAGAAACCAUUUAGCUGCUCCGUGUGCGGCAAAAGGUUCGCGCGGCGCGGAGGACUGACGCGUCACUCGACCGUCCACACGGGGGAGAAAGCCUUUAGCUGUUCGUUUUGUGGUGAAAGAUUUGCACAUCUUGUAACUCUGAAACGCCACUUGACAGUCCACACGGGGGAGAAAGCGUUCAGUUGCAACGUUUGUGGAAAGAGAUUCGCUCGGCUCCAGUAUCUCAAAAAACACAAGUGUGUCGCGGAGAGCAGCACGAAGAAAUGACGUCGCAGAAACGGUCCCGAUAUUUUAUAAUUGCUGAGUAAAAUCUGGCUCAUCACAGAUAAUGAUUAAACAUAUAUAUAUUUAAAUAGCACCUUUCUAUACCCAGAUUACAAAGUGCUUUACAACAACAAGUUAAAACAACACAGAUAGAUACAGAUGUAACCAAAGGAGGAACCAGAGGAAUGGCGAGAACAUUUUCUCAUAUCAAAGGACAUCGUUGUUGAUGAUUUCAUGUGGACAAAGAUGAAGAACUGAGCGUGUGUGGACGGGAUGAUUUAUCCGCCUACGUGAGGACUAGACCUGAGACAGGAUGACCUGAGAGGUCGGGGUUAAAGCUCUGAAAUAUAGACAGGUGCUAAAACAUUUAUUGCUUUGAAAGUUAAAGAUUAACCUUUAACUGUUCUUAUCUUAUUGCAAUGAGAAGCAACGUUACAUCAUAAAAUCUGUUAUAUUUAUGUCUGUUAUUUUUCAUUAUAGGGAUACGGAGUCUUUGCUAUUGCAUGCAUUCAUUUUAAAACUGUAUGGAUGACCAAAAGGUCAUCAGUGUGGCCUGUACAACUAAUGCUGCCGUCGAUAUUGGUUUAGAUUUUUAAAAAUAACCUGAUGGCAUUUUCUCUUCACUA